AUGGGCCCGGUCCACCCCGUGCCCGCCGCUGGACUCUGCUUCUGCAUCUGCCUCGCAGCCCGGCUCUCUGCUGCACCCGCCGCCUUAGAGCAUGAGAAGUCCCCUGCCUACUGGAACGAGAGAGCCAGGAAGACUCUGGAGUCAGCACUGACCCUGGUGCCCAUCACCCACCGUGCCAAGAACAUCGUUCUCUUCCUGGGCGAUGGCAUGGGCAUCUCCACCGUCUCUGCCGCUCGGAUCUACAAGGGGCAGCUGGAGGGAGGGCCGGGCGAGGACAGCCGGCUGGCCAUGGAGACCUUCCCCUACGUCGCCCUCGCCAAGACGUACAGCGUGGACCGGCAGGGGGGCGCGCCCGCCGGGCCCCGUAAGUCGGUGGGCAUCGUGACGACCACCCGCGUGCAGCACGCCUCGCCGGGCGCCUCCUACGCCCACGUGGUCAACCGGGAGUGGUACAGCGACGCCGACCUGCCCAAGGAGGCCGUCCGGCAGGGCUGCAGGGACAUCGCCUACCAGCUGGUGCACAACACCGACAUCAACUCGGUGGGCAUCGUGACGACCACCCGCGUGCAGCACGCCUCGCCGGGCGCCUCCUACGCCCACGUGGUCAACCGGGAGUGGUACAGCGACGCCGACCUGCCCAAGGAGGCCGUCCGGCAGGGCUGCAGGGACAUCGCCUACCAGCUGGUGCACAACACCGACAUCAACGUGAUCCUGGGCGGCGGGAGGAUGUACAUGACGCCCCGGAAGACCCCGGACCCCGAGUACCCGGAGGACCCGAAGCAGAGCGGGACGAGGAAGGACGGCCUCAACUUGGUCGAGAGGUGGCUCAGUGCCAAGGAGGACUCCAGGUACGUGUGGAACAAGAGCGACCUGCUCAGCGCCGCCAGCGACCCCUCCGUGAAGCGCCUGAUGGGCCUCUUUGAGCCCGGCGACAUGAAGUACGACCUCCUGCGGAACACGACCUCGGACCCGUCCCUGACCCAGAUGACGGAGGCGGCCAUCCGGAUCCUCAGCCGGAACCCCCAGGGCUUCUACCUCUUCGUGGAAGGAGGCAGGAUCGACCACGGGCACCACGACGGCACGGCCCACCUGGCGCUGACAGAAGCUGUGGAGUUCGACCGCGCCGUCCAGAGGGCGGGCGAGCUGACGAAGGAAGCCGAGACCCUCACUGUUUGGCUCCCAAACUGGUACACGUCCAUCCUCUACGGGAACGGGCCUGGCUACCAGAUCAACGCCACAGGCCGGCCCGACGUCAACAGCGCCGAGAGCGAGGCGACCGCUUACAAGCAGCAGGCGGCCGGAACCCCUACCUCGGAG